UUUAAGAAGGUUUAAGACAAAUAUGCCCCUACCAUGGAGAGAGAGAGGAAGGGGGAGAGAGCCGGAGAGGGGAGUCGAACGGCGUCGGCUGUAGUCGCCGGCGGCGGGCGGCAACGAGGGAAGAACGAGCGCCGUCUGUGCUCCCGCUAGCGGCGACGAGGAGAGGAAGAAGACGCCGGUAAGCCCUCCUCCCCCAUCGCCGCCGCCGUCUUCCUCCCUCUUCGCCGGCGUCUUCCUCCCCCAUCGCCGGCGUCUUCCUUCCCCAUCGCCGUCGCCGUCUUCCUCCCCCUGUCCGCCCGUCGCAGCCCGCCCCAGUGCGCUCGCCACCCGCCGCCGGCGAGCAUGAGCGUCGUCCGGGUCAACCUUCCGCUCCUCCCUCUUCCUCUCUAUCCACAGCCAGCGGUAUUUUGGUCUUAAAAUCCCUCAAAGUGGCAAAAUAUCCUGAAAGUAAUAUAUUGAGUGGCAUUUUAUCAUUUGCAAUGUAUUGGGUGGCAUUUUAUCUAAACCCACCGAAUGGAGUGGCAUAUUGUCCUUUUUCUCAGCUCUGUACUGCCUAAAUCCAGGAUGGUUACUUUGGUUAGAAACAUUUUGGGUUAGGAAUUGUUCACAGUUGAAUCUAGGAUGGUUCAUUUGAUUUAGGAUUUAGGAUUAGUUUAUUUGAAUCCAGGAAUCAGGAAUGGUUCAUGGUUGAACAUUUUUUUUAUUUAGGAUUUGAAUCCAGCCAUCCAGGGAUGGUUCAUGGUUCAUGGUUGAACAAUUGAACUUUGAAACUUGUGAUUCACUGAUUUCUGAAGCUUUGUAGCAGAGUUAGUAUUUAUCAGUGCACAUAUUUAGCAGAGUUAGCAUGGUCAGUACUUAAAUUGGAAGACCAUAUUGUAGUAUUUAUCAGUGCACAUAUUUUCAAAAUAUCAAGAAGCGGAAUGUUCUUUUCUGAAUUGUAAGAUUUCUUAUCAUUUUUCCAUUUUCUAUGCUCUAUAAAUUUGAUAUGUUCUGUCAAUUAAUAGUUUAGUACUGUACUUUAAUAUGCUUAACACAUUCAAUUUUUGGUCGAUUCUAUGAACACUUUAUACCGUUAUAAAUAUACAACUAUUAGACUUUGUGGGUUGGAAAAAAAUAUUUUAUCCCUUCUAAUUUCGAAUACCCAAGUUGAAAAUCCUGGGCCCGCCCCUGGAGGCCAGCAGCCGCCCAACGCCCUCACUGACUCUGUCUGUUUGUCUAUCUAUCUUAGCGUUUGACUGUUUCAAGUCCUCACUAUCUUGUCUCAGGUUUGUUCCACGGCUCCAAUUCUGUAUGUGCUGCGACUUUACAUUUUGUAAGUUUGCAUGCAUCAAUAGAACUAGAGUCAUUAAGGGAUUUUCUUCAAUGAACUAUAUAAAAACAAUUUAAGAAGCAAGGGCAAAAAAACUUGAAUGGUUGCUUGGUUACAUUUAUUGAAAGGGAUUUCUUCUCAAGUUAAGGAUGAGGACAGCAUCAUUCAUUUUUUUUUUAAAAAAAAGCAUUGGCAAAUUGUCCUCUAAAUUGUAAGAUUUAUUUAUUAUCAUUUGCCAUGUUCUAGAUAUUGAUAUGUUGAAAAAUUGUAAAUUAAAUGUUGUAAUUCUAUAUGUGGAGGAUUUUAUAUGAAAAUUCUAUGAAUAUACAAAAUUAUGCUCAAGUUUGUGUUAUAUCCGCUAUAGAAUAUACACAACUAAUAGUUUAGAAUUGUGUGAUAUUAUACAUGCCAAACAUUAGUCUUUUGCUCUAAAAAAAAAUUCCUACCCUUUUACGUUUUGAAUACACAACUUUAAAAUCCUGGGCCUGCUCAUCUAUGAUGAGUCAGCGAUAUGCUGCUGAUUUGCUGCCAUUGUAGUUUGUAGGAUUUGUAGAUUCUGAUGAAGAGUAAUGUGGAUAUUGCAUCGUUUGAACUUGCACAUUUUGAACGUGCUUUUUAAAAUUAGUCGAUUAUUGAUGUUAAAAGAUAUUAUUGAUUUAUUUUUAUCACAUUUUAAUUAAAUUUGUACUUGUAUAUGGGAUUUGCGGUGUUCGGAAAUUUUUUAUAUGUGAUGUGAACCUUUGAAGUAGGACUACCCAACCAAAAAAUCCUGGCUACUCCCCGCUCCGGCACAUGCCUCCACAUCCGAGGCUCCUACUCAACGCAGUGUUACCGGGACACGGACACAGGUGUCGGAGUCCGACUCGGACUCGAGUGUCCGACUUGGCAAGCUGAAAAAAAAAAGGAUUCGGGGACUCGCCCCAUAUAUAUAUAUAUAUAUUUUUAGUGAAAAUAUUAUAUAUAUCAUCAAAUAUAACAUACUCUUAUAGUCAGUAAAACACUAAAAACAUAUGGUGUCACACAUUAUUCUGCACAAAAGAUCUUAUCUUCUUAUUAGUUCCCACAUAGAACAAAAACUGCCAGCCAAAAUAAGUGAAUUUCAUGUGUAGAGGAUCCCUUGUUCACAAAAAAUCCCACUGCUAUCCUGCCGCCCACAGGCCACAUGCCAAUACUAGAUUUGUGAAUGACUGGAUGCAAGUAAGUCGCUGCUGUCAUUGUAUGUUUUGGUAUUGGCCUAUUGGGCAAGACAUGAAUAGGAAUGGGGAAGUAGUAAUUUUGUUAAGGGUGGUCGGAGAAAUUGGAACAGAGCUGAUGCACUUGAUAAACAUGCAGGGGGCAGUUGAUUCUUUGAUCUACGAUUUAGCAUUACUGAGGCAAAAUUUUACCUUGCGAAUUGGUCUUCAUGGCAUGGGAACUCACUGAGGUCCCAGGCAACCCAACUCCCUCCCUCCGUGGCUCUACAGUUGAAGUGAUUGCUGCCAAGAUUGAGCCCAAGUUAGCCAACAGUCUCAUUCGGCAAUUGAGUCAAGCAUGCCCAUUGGAGAAUCUUCGGCAUGUAAAACGGGUGCGUCGGUGCUGUGAAUAUGGUGAAAAAUCUGAGUUAUCAAUCAUCUUAUGCCUUGCAACUGGGCCUGAACAUUGUAGCGAAAUGUUUCCUCAAGAUGUAAAAAAGAUUGUAGGUACCUACGAAUUGAAUACUUUCAUUGCAAAAGUUGCGAGGUUUCCUGCUACUUCAAAAGAGGAGUGGGAGGAACAAUGCAAACUUUGGCCAACAUCUUAUCAUCCCCCACACGACUUGGAUGGUGUAUCUGGAUUCAAAGAGUGUGAAUUGCCAUCAAUAUUUAAUUGCAUGAGAACUGCACUGCGGUUAUCUGAGGUGGGCAAUGCUGCUGUUGUUGUUAAUCCAUCAACCAUGCAGAUUAUUGCAAAGGCUACAGACCAAACGCUCCAACAUGAUAGUUUAAAAAGUAACAAAUGUGCUGAAUUGAAUUCAGACAGCCCCUUCUCAUCACUUGAAGUAACUGAGAAGAAAGGGAGCAGGUUGUUCCUGUCAAACUCCAAUGUUUCUAAAUGCAACAGCCUGAAUAUGGAAGCCUCAUGUUUAAACCCUUGGGGAUGGAUGAAACCAAGGCCGUCUGAGCAGAAGUCAUUGCCCUGUGAAGGUGGUUUUCCAUGGCACCCUCUGAGACAUGCUGCCAUAGUUGCGAUUGAAAAUGCUGCGGAGAGGGAUAAAGUGAUGUUCCCUUCAAUUAUAUCAUCAACCAAACCAAAUUCAGAUGGAAAUAUGGAGUAUUAUUCUGUUAAUGAAUCAGCAAAACGACUAAAGGUGGAUAGAAAUGACGACAAAAAAAUUGCACAUGAAGCAAUCUGCGAUGACUUGUCAGAAACCAGACCAUACCUUUGUACAGGAUUUGACAUUUACCUAGUCUGGGAACCUUGCUCAAUGUGUGCGAUGGCACUUGUACAUCAAAGAUUCAAACGUAUCUUCUAUGCUUUCCCAAAUCCAAUUACUGGAGCACUGGGCAGUGUCUACAGAUUGCACGGGGAGAAAAGUUUAAAUCAUCGUUACUCUGUAUUUAGGGUAAAAGUGCCCGAGUCAUAUUCGAAUAGUUCGGGCGAUUGUUCUGACAAAUGCUGAUACAGCUUGGCGUGCUCUGCAUGAAGGGUGCGCCGUUUUCCAGUUUUGAUUUUUGUGAACAGCUUGGCAUGUUGUAUCAUUAUAUUAUGUAAUUCAACCUCAACUGCAUAGUUUGUACUAGCUAUUUUCCUAGCUUUUGUUACUGUCUUAUUUCCUUCAGGUUCGGGUCGCAGAUAUUUUCUUGACGUUUGCUGACUAAUUUGCCUGAGGAACGGAAGUUGGUGAUCGAUAUUAUCGUAUUCGUUCAUA